AUGCGCUCGCCCACCUCUUCCGUUGUUAUCCCUUGCCGUCCAACUCGCCCUCGCCCAUACCAGCCGUGCAUCUCGUUCAUCUCCGUGUCGCAAGGAGUAGGUCAUGGCUCGCGAACGGCCCACCGUAUCGUCCGCAGUACUUCACCAGCCUCUCUGCGCUGGGGACGCGCCGCUACGAUGGAAGACGAAGGCCAUUCCCUGCGCUGCAUGCGCUCGCCGCUGACGCAAAUGGACCCAGCAUGGACCAUAACUCGACGCGACGCACAGGAAGUGCCAGGAAACGUUUCGAACGUCUCUGCGCUCAACACCCUGUUUGCGUCGACCUCGCGAGAUGUAUGGAUGCCCCGAGCGUACCGCCCAUGCAGGGGAGAGGUUGGCUGUGCGGAUACAGCAAUUGACGAGGUGCGCGGCGAGACAUGGCCAGACCCGUUGCAGCCAUCGUUCGUGCUUAUCUGCAUGGUAUUCGGGUUGCAUGGCCUCACCGCUCACGCAAACAGACUGCAGAAUGGACCGUGA